GAGAGAGCAGCGAGGCGCUGAACGCUGGCGGGCUUCUCCGGUCGCGCAGCGGCGUCGGCCGGCGCCGGCUCGUGGGCUCACCGCCUGCAGCCAUGACCCUCGCAGCCCGUCGCCUGGCCUCGGCCCGGGGCGUCUGACUUCCCACACGGUCGCACGCAGCUGCUGGAGAGGCGGCCCCGGCUCCCGCGUCGCCCUCGGCGCCUCUCUCACUCCCUUUCGCGGAGCUGGGAGCAGCGCGGGCAGCCGGCGCUCCCGUGCAAACUGGGGGUGUCUGCCGGAGGCGCCCCCGCCGCCGCCGUGCCCGCUGCCCUGGACCCUCGCCAUGGCCCGGCGGGGCGCGGGGCCGAGCGUUCCCCGGGCGCCCGCAGGAGGCGUCGGGCUGCGCCUGGGGCUGCUGCUGCCGUUCCUGCUGCUUCUGGGGCCGGCGCGGGGCUUUGGCGACGAGGAGGAGCGGCGCUGCGACCCCAUCCGCAUCGCCAUGUGCCAGAACCUCGGCUACAACGUGACCAAGAUGCCCAACCUGGUGGGGCACGAGCUGCAGGCGGACGCCGAGCUGCAGCUGACAACUUUCACGCCCCUCAUCCAGUACGGCUGCUCCAGCCAGUUGCAGUCCGCGGCGUACAGCUCACUCCCUAGAAAAGAGAUUUCCAUCCCUGACUCCACUUUGCAGUCCCUUCUCAGAGACUGGAAGCCAAAACGUUGUUUCUUCCUCUGUUCGGUUUAUGUGCCAAUGUGCACAGAGAAGAUCAACAUCCCCAUUGGCCCAUGUGGUGGCAUGUGCCUCUCAGUCAAGAGACGCUGUGAGCCUGUCCUGAAGGAAUUUGGCUUUGCCUGGCCUGAGAGCCUGAACUGCAGCAAAUUUCCACCCCAGAACGAUCACAACCACAUGUGCAUGGAGGGGCCAGGGGACGAAGAGGUGCCCCUACCCCACAAAACCCCCAGCCAGCCUGGGGAGGAGUGUCACUCUGUGGGAACCAAUUCCGAUCAGUACAUCUGGGUCAAAAGGAGCCUGAACUGUGUUCUCAAGUGUGGCUACGAUGCUGGCUUGUACAGCCGCUCGGCCAAGGAGUUCACCGACGUGUGGAUGGCAGUGUGGGCCAGCCUGUGCUUCACCUCCACCACCUUCACUGUGCUCACCUUCCUGAUUGACUCUUCCAGGUUUUCUUACCCUGAGCGCCCCAUCAUAUUUCUCAGUAUGUGCUAUAAUAUUUAUAGCAUUGCUUAUAUUGUCAGGCUGACUGUAGGCCGGGAAAGGAUAUCCUGCGAUUUUGAAGAGGCUGCAGAACCCGUUCUCAUCCAAGAAGGACUUAAGAACACAGGAUGUGCAAUAAUUUUCUUGCUGAUGUACUUCUUUGGAAUGGCCAGCUCCAUUUGGUGGGUUAUUCUGACGCUUACUUGGUUUUUGGCAGCAGGACUCAAGUGGGGUCACGAAGCCAUUGAGAUGCACAGCUCCUACUUCCACAUCGCCGCUUGGGCCAUCCCUGCGGUGAAAACCAUAGUCAUCUUGAUUAUGAGACUGGUGGAUGCAGAUGAACUGACAGGCCUGUGCUACGUUGGCAGCCAGAACCUCGAUGCCCUCACUGGCUUCGUCGUGGCUCCCCUCUUCACUUACUUGGUGAUUGGAACUUUAUUCAUUGCUGCAGGUUUGGUGGCCUUAUUCAAAAUUCGGUCAAAUCUUCAAAAGGAUGGGACAAAAACAGACAAGUUGGAAAGGCUGAUGGUCAAGAUUGGUGUCUUCUCCGUACUGUACACGGUUCCUGCCACCUGUGUGAUUGCCUGUUACUUCUAUGAAAUCUCCAACUGGGCCCUCUUUCGGUAUUCUGCGGAUGACUCAAAUAUGGCCGUUGAAAUGUUAAAAAUUUUUAUGUCUUUGCUGGUGGGUAUCACUUCAGGAAUGUGGAUUUGGUCUGCCAAAACUCUUCACACGUGGCAGAAAUGUUCCAACAGAUUGGUGAAUUCUGGGAAGGUAAAGAGAAAAAAGAGAGGGAAUGGUUGGGUGAAGCCUGGGACGGGCAAUGAAACUGUGGUGUAAGUCUGGUCAGGCUCCGCCUCCCUCACCUUGAAGGAGGCGGUGCCCGCAUUUCUGUGGAAGUGCUACUACAAGUUUGAUGGAGUGAAUCUCAGUUGGAACAAACUAGCAACACAAGCAUCCCCAUCAGUCCACUACCCAUCACUCCCACCCCAGCAUCAGAAAAACUGAUGAUUUUGCUGCGGACUUCGGAAUGAUCCAAAAAUGGAAAAGCCAGUUAGAGGCUUUCAAAGCUGUGAAAAACCAAAUUGUUGAUCACUUUAGCAGGUUACAGCUUAGAGCCUGGAGGUCCUGCUUACAUUCCAGCAAGUCCAGGGUGAUGCUGUUUUUCCUUACAGGGUGGGAUUUGAGCUGGGAGCUGAUAACUUGCAGAAGGGAAGAUUAAUUUUUUUAACCCUUUAAAAUUUUAAAUGCUAACUAGGUCUUUCAGAUAGCAAAGUGAUCUAUAAACACUGGAAAUGUUGGGUUCAGAGAAGUGUUACAAGAGUUUUAUAGUUUGGCUGAUCUAACAUAAACAUCUUUUGUGGUGCGCUGUCUUCUGUUAAGAACUUUGUGGAUUGCACUCCCAAGAGGUGAUGUCAAAAUAUUUCAGUGCCUUUGUCAUGAAACAGAAUUGUUUGAACAAACAAAGUACUGUUCUGACAAAUAUAAGGUAUCCAGUGGAUUUUUUUUUUUCUCUCUCCAUCUCUCUUGAAUUUCAACAUCUCUGUUCUAGGCUGCUGCUGUUUUCAUUUUACACUAAUGACUCAAAAAAAGGUAUUUUUAUAGGAAUUUUUGCAAUGCAGCAUGCCUAAUGAGGGGGGAAAGGAAGGGCGAUUCCCUUUCUGACAAUCAGUUAAUUCACAGGAAAAUGAGAUUUACAGAGUUGACUUACCUUCCCAACCCCAGAGACCUAUUGCGUUGAGCAAUGGGGACUUAAUAUAUUUUACUUCGUGUGAUUGCAUCUAUGCAGACGCCAGUCUGGAAGAGUUGAAACGUUAAAUUUCUUGGCAACUUUGCAUUCACACAGCUUAGCUGUGUAAUUUAUGUGUGUCAAUUACAAUUAAAAGCACAUUCUUGGACCAUGACAUAAUAUACUCAACUGACUUUAAAACUAUGGUCAUCUUGCAUUCUUAGACUGAUAGUGCCUUUUUACCCCUUAGCUUAAGAAUGUUAUCAGAGUCUCGUCUACUUACCACACUGGAGACUUAUUCAUUUUUGUAAAGGGAACUAAGGACAGCUAAUCCAACAACUUGGCGCCUAAUUGUUCCUUAGUAAUUAACAAAGGCUCCUUAUGAGAUUUCAUUGGAGGCAGUGUGGCCUGCAGUAUUUAUGUGGUGCUUAAUGAAUCUCCAGAAAUGCCAGCCAGGAGCUGGACUGGUUAGCAGGGAAUAAAGUGUAGGCCAUAUGAAAUGAACUACAAAAUCUAACAGCACAGGUCUUAAUUGCCUUAUGUGGAAAUAUCCAAAGGCUUUAAAAUGUAUGCUUUAUGUUCCUCACAAGGGAAAACCCCCUAGAAGCUAUCAAACGUUGCAGUUCUUUUAAGAUUGUAGCCGGCCUUUUUCUUAAUCUGCCUUAGGCGUCCUAACCACCGGAUCUCUAGGACAAUUUGCUGUCCACGUCACAGGUUGCUCUCCUUGUAGCUCAUAGCUGUCUUUAACAACUGCUUCGCAGUGACUUACUAUUUAUUAAUUCAUGCCUUUUUAAAAUUAGGUAGGAAAAACUUUUUUUUUGCUUUUGUGAAGAAAUAGUACCAGAGACUCAGAAUUCCAAACAGGUGAUCAAAUUCUGGAAAAUAAGCAUGUCUUUUUUUAUUUUGAUUUGAGCUUUAGGCCCAUGGUUUGACAUUUUCCGUCCUUUUGUGUUCCUGUUUUGACAUGUUACUGAAUAGACCCCUACAAGGUCUGCUGCAUAUUUGCAAGGAAGAGCAGGGGGGUUUGAGAUAGAAGCCAUCUGAGCCUGGGGCUGCUGCUGCUUUGCGCAGUGGGCUCGGGGUCAGCGGCCCACGGAAAGUGAGAGUUGACCACCGCCAGGACCAGUUCUACUCUAUUUGAGGCUGCAUUGCCCACAGAAUGCAAAACGUGAGCUCCCCGUGCUGCUCCUGGAGGGUUCUCAGAGCUGUCCAGGGCCCUGGAGAGCGCACCCAGGGCCAGAGCCUGCCCUUACUCACGCUCUGUGCUGGUGUCUUGGGAGUUGUGUGGAGAGUUUGGCCCGGGGAAGGGAAGGAGGAUCCGCAGCCAGCGAGUGCCCUUGCUCUUGGAGUACAGGGGCUCGUGUGGCAGUUUUCCCUGUAAUGCUUCCUGAUUGUAUGACCAGGGCAGCACCUACCAAGUCUGGGCGUGGAGCAGGCGUUCAGUAUUUGUGAUUAACUAACAGCCAUAACUAGAGCAGAGCGCUGCGUUGAACCUGGACACUUACACUCUGCACGCUGGGGCUUGUGCCCUGACAGUUCUGGAGGGUUGCCUGUGUGCUCCACAGACAGGUUGCCCUUUCCAGGGACGGGACGUUGGAUUAGAAGUGGCUGUGGAGGGUUCUCAGCGUGGACAGCAGCCGUAGCAGUGCCACGGCGUGAGGGGCCUUUCUUCUCACAUUCCAGACGAUGGAGAGUGCUUACGGUUUCCAGAGAGGAACUUUGUGGUGGAGGAAUCAGUUUCCAGUGCCCUUCGAGCAACUCUAGGUUUUGUCAAAUUGAUACUUAUUUUUAAAAAGCAAAAAAGUCUGUUAUGUGUUCAGUUAUUGAGUGCCCCCCGUGUGUGAGGCCCUAGGUUGGGGCCUUAGGGAUGCUGCGGGAGGUGAGCUCUGUUCUAGUGCGUGUAAGGGAGAGAUCCUAUGCUACGCUUGGCUGCUGGUCUUGUGAGCUGCCCGUUUGCAGUAGGGGCUUCUAGAAUUCAGAUUCGGGUCCCUGUCUCUUCCACAGCCCUCUUUCUGGGUCUCUGUACCUUUAAUAUAUCUUAUAUCCUUUUCCAGGAUUCCUUCUAAGUCAGUUACGGGGGUUGCAGCAAACCUCGAGCUGUGCUUCAUGACAAUCUACAUACAAGUUUCUGGGAAAACUGAUAACAAGAUAUAUGGAAACAAAUUCCCCCCAUAGCUCCUGUGGCUUUGGGGCAGGCAGCUUGUAUGUCAGUUGUUCCUUGUGACUUGUAUCAGUAUUUGAAGAGAGUGUCCUAAUAGGAAAAAAAUAAGUUUUUUUUUCCCCCUUUCUGAAAUCUAGAAUAAGGUCUAUUUGAAGCUUUUAGAAAAGUCCCUUGGCCUCCAGAGACUUCAUUGAACUGGACCAAGGGUGCCUCAGUCCAACCUCCUCUUUGGAAGAUUUUUUUCCUGCUUCAUAGAGGUCAAACCUAAAAACAGGAACAUGGGGUAGAAUUGGCCAGAACCAUCUGGUUAAGCUAUCUGAUUGAUUCAUAUCCGUCUUCCUUUGUGGAGCCCCAUUUCCUGAUCGUUGAGACUACUUCCGAGCUGGCAGCUCACUCAGGACCCUGAAACUGGAGAAGGGGUGAUGCCCUUCUUCUUCUCUGAGACACUCGUUGAUUUUUACCUUUCGUGGGUCGCUCCCUUACUUGUGUUCCCUGGAAGCAGCAUGUGGAAAGCUUUUGUGUUAGGUUGCGCGUCAUCAUUCUGUUGGGUAUCCCUAGCUCUGCACUCCCUGGCUUCCUGGUCACGGAGCGGAGGGGUUUCCUUUUGUGUUGAAAACCAAGCUGGUACCUGAGGACACGAAGAUAAACUCAAGCCUCUCCAACCCAACUGGGCAGGAUGGUUGAAAGGGGUCUCACCAGGAUGGAGGGAUCUGUUUCUGAUCAGGUAGCUACGGCUGCCGUUACUGCAGGGACCCGCAGGGCAGACUUGGAAGGACCCUCUUGAAAUCAGUCUACAUCCUGAAUUUCAUUCUGUGGUACCGAGAAUUGGCGGGAAUUGCUCUUCUUGCCAGUCAAGUCAAGUUGCUGGAUUCUGGCAGCGUCUUUGUUCCUUUAUUGUGUUUGAGUUCAGAGUCCGUGUGUGGGUUUGCAUUGUGUCCGGCAAGGCACCUGGGUUAUCACUUUUCUUCUGUGGCUAGGUCACUGAUCUUGGAAAGUAUUGUGCUCCUACCAAAGAUCAGAUAGAUACUGGAGCCUUAAAUAAUGGAUUUGGCUUCACUGUAGCCUGGAUAGAGCCCUCCGUUGCCGCCUGUGGCCAUGCAGAUGUGCGGCCGAGGCAUGCUUGGCGGGGGGAGGGGGGUGAACCGUGCAUCCGUGGCGUGCCUCUUCCCUGGUAAGUCCAGCUGCCACAAUAGGGGCUCGUUGGUUUCUUAUUUUCCCUAUUUCACCUCUUCACAUCAGCAAAUUCCUGGUGUUCACCCAGGCAGUUUGUAGAGGACCUUUUUAGGAUCCCUUAUGAGCCAUGUCCUCAACACCCUUGUACCUCUUUUGGUUUCCUGCAGCAUUCAGUCUGUGACCACUGUCUCCCAGAAGGCUUCUGAAAAGGAGGUGGAGAGCAGUUCUGCCCCAGAGUUUGGGUUCAUCUUCCCUCUCAGGUUGUUAAAAAUUCCCAGUCCUGUGAAUAGGCCCUGACUUUGUUGUGGGGUCUUGGGGGGCCACUGUCUUCUCCCUCUCUCCCAGUGGGGCACAUUGAUGGUUCUGAGUUUCUGCUACCUCACAGGGAUCAUGUGAGGCUUCAGAACGUCUACAGAGGAAGAAGGCCUCUUGAGCUCUGCAUAGGGAAGGUGGACUACGAGACCGGUGCAACGUGCAGUCUGCUGAAAUAAGACAGCCUGCUUUGUGUGGCAGUCAGACUAGUUGCUCGCUGGCCUUUUCUGAGAUCCUCCUGCCGCCACACAGCUCCAGGAGCGUGGAGGCCAUCCUGGGGGACUUUGUGAUGUCCAACAUAGAGGUACCAGGCAAGUUCCUGUAACAUACCCUGAAUGAGUUGCUGAAUUUCAAGGGGAAAAGACCCUGCUUUUAAGGAUGUACAAAAGUAUGUCUGCAUUGAUGUCUGUACUGUAAAUUUCUAAUUUAUCACUGUACCAAAAAACCUUGCUAUUUAAUUUUUGUAUUAAAGGAAAAUAAAGUUUUGUUUAUUAACUCA